AUGAACAAAUUAAAAAUCAUGAACUUGUACUUUAUACCGGUCAAAAUAUUCAAUCAAAAUCAAACAUGGCGACUAAUCACUUCAUUCAUUACAUUUGGUGAGCUCAGCAUUGGGCUAGUUUUUAAUCUAUGGCAAAUUUCCUCGUCGUGUCAAGAUAUUGAAGUUUCGUAUCAAACUAAAUUUACACAAUUUCCAUUAUACCUUGUUGAUGACUUGAGUACAGAACAGUUGGGAACACUAAGGCAAUUCAUUGAUAGAAACAAGUCUAUUGAUUUCUUGUACUUUGUCUUGCAAAUUUGUGUUUCGAUAAUUGCUUGUGCCUCAAUGCUUUAUUACAAAAUGUAUAUGAUUCUACCUCAAUUGGGACUCGUUUUGAUAGAUUUAUUUCAGUAUUAUGGCUCCAAGUUGUCACCAUUAGAGUUAGUUGGCUUCUUUGGUUUUCGCUUUAAAAGAAUGUAUUUACCUUAUCUUGUUGCAUUGGCCACGUUGCUAAUGAGUUUUGCAAAACAGGAACAUACACCCAAUCAAGCAGCGAGUGGUACUAAUUGGGGACUGAUGUGGUGGAAUGCGAGGAAUAUUUUUCAAAAACCGGAAAUUUGGUUUUAUAUAAUUAGCUUCGGUUUGGGACAUCUUUGGUGGUGUAGCAGAGAAAUUAUAUUGGGGAGCAUACAUUACAAUGAUGACGGAGAUGCAACAAAUCUAGAUGAAGAUGAUCGUAGUUGGAGGAUUAAGAGGAGAGAUUUACUCAAACAGAAUGGAAUUUGGAAAUUUGAUUUAGUGAAGGAGGCACUAGUGAUAUUGAUGUUGCCGCCAUGGUACUGGAUUAUAUUGUCUAAAAUUAAGCAGCAACGACCAGAUGCACAUCGUCGUCAACGUCGUGUACCGAAUGAAGGCGAUGUCGUUGCAGAUGUCCAUGUCGAUCCAGAGCUUCAUGUCGAUCCAGAAGUGCAAUUAAGAGAGGGCCUAGAACAGGAUGAAGAACGCGCAGAAGAGCAAGUGAUACGCCACUUGAAUCAAGUAGACUAA